CCUAUCACAGGUGCAUCGUAUUCGCUAACCAAAUCGGCGUGCAAAGAAAAAUUCAUAAAUUUGUAUUUAGCGAAGGAUAGAAAUUGUGGAUCUAACGCCCAGCAGAGGAUUCAACUUGUGUCAAACGGGAGCAGACCAAACAGCAUCAGAUACUCAUUUUGGGUGUAACAUCAGGAUACAAACACUCGUGGUUGUCGUCGUCGCUGUCUUCGUUUACCUCUGCGUCGUGUUUUAGAUUUUCAAUAGUGAGUUCAUUUCGGCGUUUCGUGGGUGUUCAGAGAAGAAGCGUGUUGAGACUACGACAGGAAAGAUGGUUAAAGCUAAAAAGGGCAAGAAAGAGAUAUUGACCAACGUCGAGGGUGCUUCAUCGGCAGACGAAAAUGAAACCGCAGUCCUAGGAUCGGACAACGAUCAAGUGAACGCUAACAAUAAGAAAAACCAGCAGAAGGGCAAGAACAAGAAAAAGAACAACAAAAAUGCCAAUGCUUCGGAUGAGGGCAGCGACAUCAUGGAUGAUGCGCCAGUAGAGACCAUUACAAGGGCUGUCAAAAAAUUAAGUGUGAAAGGUAAAGGCAAGCCCAAGUCUAAAAAUUUGGAUGAUGAUUCCGCUGAUGAGGCACCCGAUCUGAAGCCCGCCAAGAAAUCCGCUUUCAAUUUGUUGAUGGAUGACGAGGAUGAUGAAGAACCGCCCGCUGCACAAGACUCACCCGAGGAGGAGGAGGAGGAGGAAGAGGUGGUUGCUAAGCCACAGAAGAAAAACGAAAAGAAGGGCAAAAAGUCAAAGCGCAAGGGCAAAGAUGAUGACGAGGACUUGGAUAAGAUGCUAGCAGCACUGCAGGCAGAGUAUGCAGGAGAAGCUCCAGCAGCAGUAGCAGCAGAGCCUGAGCAGGAAGAUCUUAGCAAGAAGUCGAAGAAGGGCAAGAAGCAAGCACCAGCAGCAGCAGCAACAGCGAUCGAAGCUGAAGCUGAAGCCGAAGAUGAUGAGAAUGAUGAAGGAGGCGGCAUGAAGACAGCAGCUCAAAAGAAGAAAGAGAAAAAGGAGCGACAAAAGCGAGAGGCGGCGCUAGCCAAACAGCGAGCAGCCUUAGAGCCGAAACAAAAGCCGGCGGCAGCUCCAGUGGCACCACCAGAGCCCGAGCCCGAGCCCGAGCCUCAGUCCGAGGAGGCAGCGCCUGAGGCUGAAGCCGAAGCUGAAGAAGCUUCGGAAGAUACUUCCAAGGCGGGUAAGGGUAAGAAAAAAGGCAAAAAGGAUAAGAAAGCUGAGGCCGAGGAUGAGAAAAAGGACACCAAGAAGAAGGGCAUGUCUGCUGCGAUUGUGGCUGCCAUGCAGGAGCAGCUCAAAAAGCGCAAAGAGGAAGAGGAGCGCUUGCAAAAGCUUGAGGAAGAGCGCAUUCGUCUCGAAGAAGAGCGCGAAGCGGCGCGUCUGGAGGCUCUACGCAUAGAAGCUGAACGCAAGGAGAAGAAGAAGCAAAAGGAGGCCGAACGCAAGGCUCGUCUCAAGGCCGAAGGCAAACUUCUGACCAAAAAACAGAAGGAAGAUCGUGCCCGAGCACAGGCGCUGCUCGAAUCACUUAAGGCGCAGGGCUUGGAAAUACCUGAUCCAAAUGACAAGCGUGGAACUAGACCAGGCACACGCAUACGCCCCAACAAGAAGAAAGGGCCAAAGGAUGAAGGCGCUGGUGAGUCCAAGGAUGACGCACAAAAGGCAGCUGAAACAGCGGCCGCCGCUGCAGCAGCUGCUGAGCAGGCGGUCAAGGAGGAGGUGGUUAAAGAGAGCUGGGAUGCUACAGAUAGCGAGGCAGAACCAGAGGAGGAAUCUUCGCAAGCAACCACAACAACCACUAACAACGGCAAAAAUGAGCCGCAGGAUGAAGGCGAAUCCGAUAAUAAUGAUGAUGACACCGACGAUGACAGCGAUGAGUCGGAGGAGGAGAGUGAAGAGUCCGAAAAGGAGGAUAAUCAGUUGGCCAACGAUCCCGAGUCGCGACGUCUGCGUGCAGAGGCACGCAUCAUCAAACGACAAGGGGAUGCUGAGAAGAAACGCACCACAGACGAGUUGCGAGCAGGCGUUGUUUGUGUGCUCGGCCAUGUCGAUACGGGCAAGACAAAGAUUCUGGACAAGUUGCGACGCACUCACGUACAAGACUCAGAAGCGGGUGGCAUUACACAACAGAUUGGCGCCACCAAUGUGCCCAUCGAUGCCAUCAAGGAGCAGACGAAAUAUGUCAAGAAUGCAGCCAACUUCGAGCAUCGCUUGCCCGGCUUGUUGAUCAUUGACACACCUGGCCACGAGUCGUUCAGUAAUUUGCGCAAUCGUGGCUCAUCUCUCUGUGAUAUUGCCAUUUUGGUUGUGGACAUUAUGCACGGCCUGGAGCCGCAAACAAUUGAGUCAAUACAGCUGCUGAAGAAGAAGAAGUGCCCCUUCAUCGUGGCCCUCAACAAGAUCGAUCGACUCUAUGACUGGAAGGUCCUGGCACGUCGCGAUGUCAGGGAUGUGAUCAAGGAGCAGCAGACGAAUACUCAGCUGGAGUUUGAACAGCGCACAAAGGAUGUAAUUCUGCAAUUUGCUGAGCAAGGAUUGAAUGCAGCUUUGUUCUAUGAGAACAAGGAUCCCAAGACCUAUAUCUCCCUAGUGCCAACGAGCGCCAUCACGGGCGAGGGCAUGGGCAACUUGCUGUUCAUGAUCACGGACUUCUGCCAGAACAUGUUGGCCAAGCGUUUGAUGUAUUCCGAGGAGCUGCAGGCCACAGUGCUGGAAGUGAAGGCCAUACCUGGUCUGGGCACUACCAUCGAUGCCAUUCUGAUCAAUGGCAGACUCCGCGAGGGUCAGACCAUGAUCUUGGCCGGCACAGAUGGACCGAUAGUUACUCAAAUUCGCUCACUGCUCAUGCCACAGCCCAUGAAGGAGCUGCGUGUGAAGAAUGCCUAUGUGGAGUACAAGGAGGUGAAGGCCGCUCAGGGUGUUAAGAUAGCCGCCAAGGAUCUGGAGAAGGCAAUUGCUGGCAUCAAUUUGCUUAUUGCGCACAAACCGGAUGAAAUCGAAAUAUGCAAAGAAGAAGUUGCCCGCGAACUGAAGAGCGCUUUAAGCCACAUCAAAUUGGCUCCAUCAGGCGUCUAUGUGCAAGCCUCGACUCUAGGCUCCUUGGAAGCUCUGCUCGAAUUUUUACGCACUUCAAAGAUUCCGUACUCUGCCAUUCGCAUUGGUCCCGUGGUCAAGCGAGAUGUGAUGAAGGCUUCGACAAUGUUGGAGCAUGAGGCGCAAUAUGCAACGAUCUUGGCAUUCGAUGUGAAAGUGGAGCGCGAGGCACAGGAAAUGGCCGAUUCGCUGGGUGUCAAGAUAUUCCAAGCGGACAUUAUCUAUCAUCUGUUCGAUAAGUUCACCAGCUACCGCGAGGAGUUGAAGCAAAAGAAACGCGAAGAAUUCCGCUCGAUUGCCGUCUUUCCAUGCAAACUAAAGAUACUGCCACAAUUCAUAUUCAACAGUCGCGAUCCGAUUGUCAUGGGCGUUAUGGUAGAGAAUGGAAUCGUUAAAGUCGGCACGCCGAUCUGUGUGCCCAGCAAAGAGUUUGUGGACAUUGGCAUUGUCACCUCAAUCGAAUCGAAUCACAAGCAAAUCGAAUUUGCACGCAAAGGUCAAGAAAUUUGCAUCAAAAUCGAACCGAUUCCCGGCGAAUCACCCAAAAUGUAUGGUCGACACUUCGAGGCGGACGAUAUGCUCGUGAGCAAGGUAAGAACUAAGAAUGAUUUAAAAAAAUUAACUAAGUUUUAUAUUAGUUAA